GAUCUCCGUCUCCAACAUGGCGGCGCGCAUGUGAAUGUCAUGCCGCUUUUACAGCUCGUCGUGUUUACCUGCUGAAAGCUCGAACCCUGCGUGGAAUCCUGCGUGUAAACCUGCAGCUUUGAGGCCGUUCCUUCCCCCCCGGGACCGCCGGGACCUGGUUGAUCCGCUGCUCCGCUCAUGCUGAGGGUUUAGGUCGAGCAUCAUGGAGCCCGACCAGCAGCUGAGGAACCUGCGGGACUUUCUCCUGGUUUACAACCGCAUGACUGAGAUCUGUUUCCAGAGAUGCUCCAGCAACUUCAACUACAGGAACCUGACGAUGGACGAGGAACGCUGCGUGGACCAGUGCGCCGGGAAGCUGAUCCGCUCCAACCACCACCUGAUGGGGACGUACGUGCAGCUGAUGCCGCGCAUGGUGCAGCGCCGCAUGGAGGAGAUGGAGAGCAAGGCGGCGGAGAUGGAGAGCAAGGCGGCGGCGGCGGCCUUGGAGGCCUCCCCGCCCCCCCAGGCCUCCCCGCCCUCGGAAGCCUCCCUGCCCCCCCAGGCCUCCCCGCCCCCCCCAGGCCUCCCACCGACUGAGCUUCCACAGGAAGUCCACGGCUCGGUUCUGGGGUCGGCGGGUUCAGACCUCCCAGCUGACCCGGGCUUCGGGGCCGUCGGCCUGUCGGCGGCGCUGACGCCGACGCCGAAGACCAACGCUGAAGCUGCGGCUUCAGGCCCGGCAGGACUUCCUCCUCCUGAAGCCCAGGUGCAUGCUGGGAGUACACCGACACCUUGACCAGGACGGGUUUAUUAUUACUGAUUACUGAUUAUUAUUGUGUUUUAACUCUCCUUCACACGUCAAUAUUACUGCUUUUUCUGUUUUCAUACUUUAAUUAAACUUCAAGGAUUCACCAGC